AUCAAGAAACGGCGUCGGGGAAACCUUCCCAAAGAGGUCACAGAGUUUCUCAAGACAUGGCUUGUCCGACACAAAAAGCAUCCUUAUCCGACCGAGAAGGAAAAGUUAGAGUUAGCCUAUCGGACAGGACUGACUGUAAAUCAGAUAUCAAACUGGUUUAUUAAUGCUAGACGACGU